ACGAGUCCCUCCGGGAGGCGCCAAGCGGCCUGCCCCACCGGAGUAAGGAUGGGGCAGGGCUCGGUCGGGAGCCGGUACUCCAGGCAGGAGGGGAAGGGGCGCCCGGCCCCACGGGUGAUGGGGUGGCCCCACGCCGCCCUGUAAGACGCUGCACCCGGUGUGCUCGGGCCUCUGGGCGGCCGGGUGCAGCCUCGGCGGUUUGAUGCGGUGCAGGAUCCGUGGGCCGGGGACGGUCUCUUCUGUGAGCAGGAGCCGUAGGAGCCGGGGCGCCUGGGCAGGCUUGUUCUAGCGCGGGAGGUCAGAACUGUGGAGGCCGCACUCGGUCCUCCAGGCCGAGAACUGGCAUGGAAACGGCCAUCCAGAAGGGUCAGGUGCAGGAAGACACUUGGGAGAAUCAGCGCGUGAGGACGACCCGCGCCAGAGGGCCCUGGAAAGCGGGUGACACUGGACAGCUCAGGAGGCUCGUGUCCUUGAUUCCUUCUAACCCCGGGCCAGGCUGUCACCUGAUUUAAAGGGUCAGGAUGGGAGAGAAGUGGCUGCUCUGUGCACGUGUUUACAAGCAUUGAUGCCGUUUGAUAGGAAAUUUAAAAAUGGACCUUCAGAAAUACUAGGUUUACAAUGAGAGGCGUCACAUUUCAAUGUUUAUUCUACGGAUCCUUGAUAUUUGGGAUCUGGACAGCUCUAUUGUAUGUAUAUAUUCACCAUAAUCAUGUAAGCAACUUGGAGAAGAAAAACCAGGGGCCUGCAUUAAUUUGGUCCCUUGGAAAAAAAUUGCAACAGCAAAUUCCCCGGGACCCCAAGCAAAUACCGAGACUGCGUGUAAGAUUUGAAAUGCCUGACAAAUAUGAAACUACAGAAUACAAAACCUUUUUAAGAUCAGGUAAAGAUACUAACUAUUCAAAGCCAGAAUAUAUUGCUGGAUUUUUAAAAUAUGGAUUUAAUGCCAUUCUCAGUAAAAGCUUGGGCAGUGAGAGAGAUGUGCCAGAUACGAGGAAUAAAAUGUGUCUUCAAAAACAUUACCCAGCCAACCUACCUACUGCCAGCGUGGUCAUUUGCUUCUACAAUGAGGAAUUUAACGCCUUGUUUCGGACCAUGUCCAGUGUCAUAAACCUCACUCCACAGUACCUCCUUGAAGAAAUUGUUUUGGUAGAUGACAUGAGCGACUUUGAUGAUUUGAAAGAGAAACUAGACCACCGCCUGGAAAUUUUUCGGGGGAAGAUUAAAUUAAUAAGAAACAAGCAGAGAGAGGGACUGAUCCGAUCGAGGCUGAUUGGAGCCGCUCGUGCUUCAGGCACUUCAUUUUAUUGGAAUUAUAUCCAAAUGGUCUCUUGUGACUGGUUCCUUUCAUUUAGCGUGAUGUGUCCGUGUCAUAGCAGGGGGGAUGUGCUGGUGUUCCUGGAUAGCCACUGCGAGGUGAAUCGUGUGUGGCUGCAGCCUUUGCUGCAUGCCAUUGCCAAGGACCCCAGAAUGGUGGUGUGUCCUCUGAUAGAUCCCAUCGACCACGAGACCCUAGAGUACAGGCCCUCUCCGGCAGUAAGGGGUGCUUUCAACUGGCAUCUAGAAUUUAAAUGGGAUAACGUUUUCUCUUAUGAGAUGGAUGGACCAGAAGGACCCACUAGACCCAUCCGGUCGCCUGCAACGGCCGGAGGAGUUUUUGCUAUAAACAGGCAUUAUUUUAACGAGAUUGGACAGUACGACAGGGACAUGGAACUCUCGGGAGCAGAAAAUUUGGAACUUUCACUAAGGAUCUGGGUGUGUGGAGGCCAACUUUUCAUACUCCCCUGCUCGCGAGUGGGACUCAUCAAUAAGCCGCGCUUUCCCAGUCGACCUGGUUUUAUGAAAUCCGUGACCUAUAACAAUCUCAGAUUGGUGCACGUUUGGCUGGACCAAUACAAGGAGCAGUUUUUUUUACGACAACCUGGUCUGAAAUCUGUUGCCUAUGGAAACAUCAGCGAGCGCGUUGAACUGAGGAAACGGUUGGGUUGCAAACCAUUUCAGUGGUAUUUGGAUAAUGUCUUCCCAGAACUGGAGACAUAUAAGGACAGCCAAAGAAAAGGAAACAAAUCCUUUUCAUUAAUGAAGGGCUAAAAACCUCUGAGGUCUUCAACACAGCAAAGAACACAGUUCCAAACCUGACGCGAGUUUGGAACAACAUGAAAUUAAGUGACGUGCAGUAAGAAAUACAACCAGAGUGCCUUUCUGUCUUCCUUUAACGAUAGUUCUUAAUACUUUGUUACACAUGCCACUACAUGGUCACACAGAUGAGACUGUCAUACAGUUGUGUGAGGUGAAGUGUAUUCUCUUCGGUAUUUGCCAGACUCACUUGGUCCUGUUGGACCAUCGGGAAGGUUCCACUUUUGGAGACUCUGUAAACCCCAUUCACUCCAGGCAGGUGACCUGGCCUGGUGGCCUUCUCAGAAGGACAUUCACAGAGAGCCUUGGUUGGUACAUACCAACUUCAGCUCAACUGUUUUGAGCUCCUCUCUUGCUGCCAGUGUAGAUAUUGGAACUGAUCCCUUGCUUGGCUGGGUUCCUGAGUUUCCGACGUCCCAUCCACUUGCUGUGGUGUCCAGUUCUCUAGGUCAGCCUUCUGGCUUGUGUCUGUCAGUCCUUUUGUCAUUAGGAGACAGUCCCUCUUCCCUGCUUACAGUUUUGCCUUGUUCAUAUUUUUCCCCUGUGAUGGCUCUGGCUUACAGCUCUCCUGACCUUUCUUGGAGAGUGCGCUCUGUUGUUAAUCUAUGUUCUGACUAAGAACUGUUUAGCUGGGACUGGGAAAGAAGUAGCUAAGUUCCCUAUCUACCCUGUGUGAACACACUCCCAAACGACUAUUUUUAUUUAUUUAUUUUCAUUUAUUUAUUUGACAGUUCACAAGUAGGCAGAGAGACGGGCAGGGAAAGAGGGGAAGCAG